AUGGACGCGGUGGCUGUGGCGUCGGCGAUUCUCGACUGCGGGCCGGCGGCGGAGGCGGCCGCUUCCCUGCGGGUUUUGUCGCUCGCCCCCGCCCUCCCGCCCGUCACCGCCGACACGCCCGUCGCGGAGGCCCGGCGGAAUUACAUGCGCCUCGCCGGUUUGGUGCACCCCGACAAGUUGAAGAGCCGCUUCGAUCGCGCCACGGAGGCCUUCCAGCGGCUCGUGCAGGCAUUCGAGCGGGUGGCGGACCCAAAGUUCCGCAAGCAGCUGCUCGCCGAACAGGCAAAGGAGGAGCGGAAGAGGAAGCAACAGGAAAAGAAAAAGGAGGGAGGGGCCGCGGUGAAACGCCCACGUGAGCAGAAGAAGAAACAGGAACCUGUGGUAAAGCGACAGAAAACCACAAAGCCAACAACAAAGGAACCGAAAAGUAAUAAAAAGAAAACUACCAAAUUAUUAGCUGAUGAUGAUGAUGAUUUUAUCGACUAUGAUAAUGAUGAUAUGGAAAGCACAGAUCAAGAAGAAGAAGCCAGUGAGGAAUAUGAUGAUGGGGAAGAUGAGGAUAUCAACUUUGAGGACUUGGAGCCCACCGUCUCCACAAGUCGUGUAUUGUUGGGUACGAAACGCACGGGUGGUAUCUAUCGUGAUACGAAGGUAAGUUGUCCACAGUGCCGUACACAAUGGGUACCAGAUUCUAAACAGCAUUACAGUCUUUUCAUGGGACCUGCCGGUAAAAAGGUACAUUGUGAAACAUGUCUCUGUCGUUUUGGUUGUGCUACGGCUUUGCAUGCGUGCCCACACUGCAGUGGCAACUUUGAUUAUGAUGUUAGCAUGUAUGAUAAAACGAUAGAGUGUAAAAGAUGCAAUCAGACAAUAGGAUUUCCCUACUAUCCGGUUAAUCAACAGUUGAUUGAUUUAGUGAAACUUGAAGAAUGGCGUGAACAAGAGGAAGAGAAAAGAACUCGUGAACGUGAUGAACGUGCGGCACGGCGAAAUCAAAGUGAAGAUGGAACAUCAGAGGAGUUUCAUCAACUUGUUGGCGCCUGUAUUGUGAAUGAGAUGUGCCCAUUGUGUCAACGCACCAUCACCGCACGUCAUCGUCAACACAUUGAGACAUGCCUAAAGACAAAAGGCUCAAAGUCAUCGGUCGUUAGUGCCGAAAAAACUACACGCAAAACUACGGCACCAGCAAAGAAAACAAUCACCACUAGAGGGACAACAAAAACAGUAAAAGCCGCAUCUCCACAGCCAAAGAAAGCAAAGGUAGAGAAAAAGAAGACGACGACGACGACGAAAACUAAACAAACUCGUCGACGUCGUCGUCGUGGUAGUGACAGUACAGACUCCGAAGAUGAUGAGUCAUCGUUUGCUAGCUCAUCCGAUUAUGAUGAAUGA